AAAACUUUGUAAAAGCUAACUUUUUAAUUAAUUUGAGCUAUCUGUAAAGGAGGAAAGAUGGCUUCCACAUUUACACCGUCGAAGAGUGGAAGACAACUCCAAGAUUUUGCUGCUUCUGCUCAUGCCAUACAUUCUCUUGGUGAAAUCACUCCAAACCCUAAAAUUGCAAGAGCAAAUACCAGAAAACAAGACCUGCAACACCGAGAUUCUAUGAGAAAUGCAUCUAUGAAAGAUACAAGGAGUUCACAAUCUGUUACACCUGCCAUUGGUGAUAGCAGGCAUAAGCAAACCUCAACACUUCGACAAUCAGAUUCCAAAGCAGAUGCUUGGGAAAAGGCUCAGAUAGCCAAGCUUCGUAAACGGUAUGAGAAUUUGCAUAACGACAUUAAGGCUUGGGAGAAUGAGAAGAAAUUGGGAGAGAAACAUAGGAUUGAAAAGAAGAAGGGAGAUUUGGAACUCAAAAAAUCAAGAAACAUGAAGCAUUACUACAACAAGAUAGCCAGGAUCGAUCAUGUAGCUCAGGGAACAAGAGCACGGGUCGAGGAGAAACGAAAACAUGAAGAAUCCAUCGUGAAAGACAAAGCUAGGGAAAUGAGAGCUACAGGAAAAGCUCCUGUUAGCUGCUUCUGCUUCUAACUACACAAAUUACUUAUGUACAUACAGUUUCUCAACAAAAUUCAAAUAGCACGAGACAUUUGUUUACCUGCAAUGCUAGUUGUUACUGAAACUUCAUCUUGAAGUCUGAUUUGAUUUGUACAUGGACAUGAAAAUAUACCUUUGUUUCCUGUGUA